CAGCGGCACCACCACCUUGUCCUCCUCCUCCGACCCGAAAGGCAAAAGCUUCCUUCAAAAGGGUCUUUUUUUCCUUGAUUGUUGAGAGUGAGACAAGCGGGAGGAGUGGGGAGUGACUGAGUGAGCACAGUGAGCGAGCUGCUCUGCCGCAAAAUCAUGGAGUCCUUCAGCUUCCUCAAGUACCUGCGCGGCGGAGCGGUCGCCGGCUACCAGCGCGCGCCCGUGCCGGCCACGACCAUAGCCGCGUCUCCCUGCGAGGACGGCGGCGGCGGGGGCGGGGACGUCGUGGACGACGACGCGGCCUUCUUCGACCUCGAGUUCGCGGUGCCGGCAGGCGACGAGGGCGCCGCGUCGGACGAGGCGGAGGAAGAGCGCGUCGAGUUCAACUUCUCCGUCGCCGGCGACGUCGCGUCCGGCGGCGCCGAGGUGGUGGCCGUGGAGCCGGUCGGCGACGACGGCGCCGUCGCGAAGGAGGCGGCCGCGACGGCGGAGGCGGAGCCCCCCGCGGCGUCGUUCCUCCGGCCGGCGACCAAGUUCCGCGUGCUGCUCCUGAAGCUGAGGAAGCCCAAGCUCGCCGCCGCUCCAGCUGACGGCAACGGCGCCGCGGCUCCCAAGCCGACGAACCGGUUCCUGAUCAAGUUCCGGGUGGAGGACGCGCCGUUCGCGUCGCUCUUCACGCGGGACACCAGCUCCCGCACCUCCGACGCCGGCGCCAGGCCGGCGCUGCAGGCGGCCCAGCCUUCGGAUGCCGUGGCGAUCACGGCCGAGGAGCGGCGCUUCGCCAAGGAGGUGGUGCUCAAGUACCUCAACAAAAUCAAGCCGCUCUACGUCAAGGUCUCGCGCCGCUACGGGGAGCGGCUGCGGUUCGCGGGCGCGAGCGAGGGCGAGGAGACGGACGCGGAGCCGGAGCCCGAGCCGUCCCCUUCCGCGACGCCGGCCCCCUCCACCCAGCCCCGCGCCGCGGCUGCGGCGCCGCCGCAGCCGCAGCCGCAGCCGGCCGUCGUCGUGGCCUGCGGCGUGCGGGCGCCGCGCGCCGGCGUGCCGGCCGGGCUGAAGCAGGCGUGCAAGCGGCUCGGCAAGAGCCGGUCCGCGUCCUCCGCGGUCGCGGCCGCGCCGUCGCCGUCGCAGACGCCGCCCACGCCCACCGGCGGCCAGCCGCAGCGCCGCGACGACUCGCUGCUGCAGCUGCAGGACGGCAUCCAGAGCGCCAUCGCACACUGCAAGCGCUCCUUCAACGCCUCCAAAGGGUCCGAGUCGCCGCUGCUGCGCUCCAUGACCGACCCGGCUCCGAGGACCGGCGGCGCGGCCGACGCCAAGGACGGCGGCGACGGCGCGUGAGGCGGAGCCGUCCGGAUUAAGUGGUGAUCGCCGUACUAGUGAAAUCUUAGCCUAGAUCCAUGCUAGUAGUGAGUAGCAUUUUUAAUUAAUUCUAGUUGAUGCCGGAUUAAGAAAACGUGCAUGUGUGCGCGCCCUUGUCUUAACGUGGCCAAGAGCUUGUCUUUUCGGCCGCGAUGAACUCCUUGGCGCCGUUCUAUCUGAAUAAUCUGGUAGUGCUAGUAGUAGCGUGCAUGUAAAAUAUGUCCACCCCCCAAUGUGAAGUUGAUUAUCGACUCUUC